AUGAAAGAUAAGAAGCAGGUGUCUUUAACUCUAGUAACUUUACUUCGAUAUGAAUAUCUUAACUACUGUGUAGAAGUGGCUCGUGAAGUCUCAUCUAAAGCUCAGUUUCAAGAAGACGAAAAUGGUAAUGAUAUAAUUGAUGAAAAGGGAUUACCUAUAUCUAUUAACUCUAUAAUAAGAGAAGCUGCGAUGUCCACCUUGGAAGAAAAUGGUUUCUACCUAGGUAUUCGUUUUGUUGAAAGAUUAUCAUUAGAAAGAUCACGUAUAACAGAUCAGAAGGAGAUUAUAAAAUUCAUGUGUAAGGAUUUAUGGAACUAUAUUUUUCUUAAGCAGGCAGAUAGAUUACAAACUAAUAGACGGGGAGGAUAUGCUAUUUUAGACAAUAAUUUUUCAUGGCUAAAACUCUUACCUAACAUUUCUAGGAAUAAUGCAAAGAUACAACUUGAACCGGCUAUAAAUGUAAUCUUAGUAUGUGGAAUAAUUAGGGGUGCAUUACAACACCUUGGUUUGACUUGUUCAGUGGCUGCAGAAGUAAGCAAAUUACCAUCAUGUAAGUUUUAUGAUGUCAUACAUUGGCUUUACAAAUCUGCAAAACCUAAUCUUUCAGGCACUUUUCAAAUAAAGGUCUAUGCGCCUUCAAAAUAUAAUAGCUAA